AUGCCUCCAGCAGGCGAAAUCCUGCGCCUGACGGGCAAGACCCUGGCCUUCUUCGGACACAUCAUCGCCAUCAACAUCGGCUUCAAGAUCCGCGCCAUCAUCCACAGCUACACCUACAAGGCCAAGCCAGUCGCAGUGUGCCGCACCGUCGUCGUCGUGGGCGGCUCCUUCGCCGGCAUCGAGGUGGUCCGACGCCUCUGCCAGUCCCUCCCCACGGACUGGCGCGUCGUCCUCGUCGAGCCCAACUCGCACCUGCACCACCUCUUCGCCUUCCCGCGCUUCUCCGUCAUUCCCGGCCACGAGCACAAGGCGUUCAUCCCUUACGACAUGCUGCAGAAGGCUGGGCCCGACGGUAUCUUCGAACAGGUCCAAGGUCUGGUGACCGAAAUCACCGAGUCGGAGGUGCGGCUGGCGGACGGAAAGGCGGUCCCGUACGACUACCUCGUCAUGGCAACGGGGACCUACCAGGCUCCUCCGAGCCAUCUUCACGCGACAGAGAAGGCGGCUGGGUGCGCCGAGCUGCGAGACCUGCAGGACAAGGUCAAGAACGCCAAGAGCAUCGCCGUGGUCGGAGGCGGUCCGGUCGGCGUGGAGGUCUCGACGGACAUCAAGAGCUGGUACCCGGAGAAGGAGGUCACGCUCAUCCACUCGCGCGCGCAGCUCCUCAACCACUUUGGCAAGAGGCUGAACGACGCCUCGCUGGAGCCGAUCAAGAAGAUCGGCGUCGAGCUCAUGCUGGAGCAGCGGCCCGAGAUCAUCUCGGCAGGGGUCGGCGGAACUCUCAAGUUUGCUGACGGACACGAGAGCACCUACGACUACAUUAUUCCUGCCACAGGCCAGAAACCCAACUCACUGCUCAUAGAGAACUACAGCCCCGAGGCCAUUGCCAAAGACACCAAAGAGAUCCUCGUCAAGCCUACCUUGCAGGUCAUGUGUGGCGACGGCAAGGGCCCGCAGAACAUAUAUGCAGUUGGCGACGUGGCACGAACAGGCGGCAGCAAGAUGGCUCGCGCGGCAUUCUUCCAGGCUGCGGUUGCACAAUACAACAUCAUUGCGCGUAUAAACAACAAGCCCGAGCGCAAUUAUGUCCCCAAUGACGUCGAAGGCUCCAUUAAGCUGACUCUCGGCAAGGAAACGAGCUUGAUGUACAUCCCCGACAGCAAGGGCAAAGAUAUCCUGCUUACUGUGGGCGGGACUCCCGAGGACAUGGAGGUAAAGAAGGUUUGGGGCAUGAUGGAGCCUAAAGCCCUUGGAUACUUCCAGAUAGAAGAGAAGCACCUCCCUGGGCAAAAGAUGACGAGCUCCGGUCCGCACCAGCAGUUCUCCGCGGACAGGCCCGUCCGCCGGCGGCGUAGGCCCGCCGUCGUCUGCACCGAGUGCCGCCGGCGCAAGAUCGCCUGCGACCGCAAGCUGCCGUGCGGGCAGUGCACGCUGCACGGCGCGGACUGCGUGUACGGGCCCACAGCCAAUGGCAAUGUUCCCCGCGCUACCGCAGCCGGCGGCCCCAGAAAGGUCUCGGCGGCCACCUCUCCGGCCGGCACGUCUACCCGUUCGGCCAACGGCGCAUCUGCAGAAGACUCCCGCACGACCCGAUCUUUUGCCAAGAACGGUAGUGCACUCCAGCCUCGUCCGUCGCCUCAGGAGUACGAGGGUGACGAGUAUGAAGAUGUGGAUGACGAGGCGGCCUCGGCCCACGAGAUCGAGAGGAUGCAAGGUCUGAUGGGGACAUAUUAUCCCAGGCUCAGCGGCCGCGUGUGUAAGACGCGGCUCUUUGGACAAAGCCACUGGGCCAAUAAUCUUGUAGAUCAGUUCAGGAAAGUCCAUCAUGUCAACUAUCAGAUAUUCUUCCUGUCAGAUUCGAGCCUUCACAAGCAGCUACGGCAAUGUAAAAUCCUGUCCAAGGCCCUCAAGGCACGUCACCUCGAGUCUGUAAACCCGGCCAGCUCUAGUGAGCUCCCGGACUUCACUGCCGCAAUACCCCCUCGGGACGUGGCAGACCGGCUGGUUCAAACCUACUUGCGCACCUUUGAGGCCGUCUUUCGCAUCCUUCACAUUCCCACCUUCCUGGACGAGUGCGAACGCUACUGGGAGGAUCCGAACCAGGCCACCGAGGUCUUCAUGACCAAAUUCCUCAUCGUCCUCGCCAUCGGCAGCUGCACCUACGACAACGAGCCGGGAGGCCUGAAGGAGACCCUGCGGAUCGCCGCCUGCCGCGCCAUCGUCAAGGCGCACGCGUGGCAGGGCGCCGCCAUCAGCAAGCACGCCCUGACUCUGGACAUGAUCCAGGUGUACUGCCUCGUCCUCCUGUCCCGGCAGACGAGCGCGGUAGAGUACGGCGACGAUAUCGUGUGGAUCUCGGCGGGCUCGCUGAUGCACACCGCCUUCACCAUGGGCCUGCACCGCGACCCGGGCCUCUUCGCCGGGCUCACGCAGUACGAGAUCGAGAUGCGGCGCCGUCUGUGGGCCACGAUCCUCGAGUUUGUCGUCCAGGCGAGCCUCGACUCGGGCAUGCCGCCCCUCAUCAGCCCGGACGACUUCGACUGCGGCCCGCCGUCCAACAUCAACGACGAGCAGAUGUCCCCCGACGGCGGCAAGUCCAUGCUCGAGCCGCCGCUGCCCGACACCGUCCUCACGCAGACCUCGUGCCAGCGCCUGCUGCUGCGCUCGCUGCCGCUGCGCCUCCGCAUCGCCAAGUUCCUCAACGGCCUGGUGGUGGACCAGUCGUACAAUGAGGCGCUGCGGCUGAGCCGCGAGCUGAGCAGCUGCUGCCGCACGGCGUCGGCCCUGCUCGAGUCCAUGGGCCGCAACGUGGGGCUGGGCGGACCUGACCACCGGAAGCCCUCCGCGUUCCAGGUGCAGCUCAUCGACAUCCUGACGCGGCGCUUCUUCCACUCGCUGCACGCGCCCUGGGCGCGCAAGUCGCUCGUCCACGUGCAGUACUACUACUCGCGCCGCAUGCACCUCGACUCGGCGCUGCAGAUCGUCGCCAUCCUCACCGGCGACGCCAACCUGCUCGGCCGGAUCGGGCAGCAGGGCGACGAGAUGGCCGCCGUGGCCUCGCCGGGCCCGGCGCAGGACGACCUCGACCUGAUGCGCAUCCACGGCAGGGGCCUGUUCAAGUGCGUGCUGCUCGACACGUGCACGACCGUGACCUUUGAGGCGAUCCAGCAGCUGCAGGAGGACCCGUCGCUGCUCGGGUUCGACGGCUCCAUGACCCUGUCGCAGAAGGACCUGUACAAGGCCGUCACCUCCAUCGUCGCGCUGUCGCACAAGCGCAUCGUGGAAGGCGAGACCAACUUCAAGGCGUACUGCUUCUACUCUUGCUGCCUGGGUCAGGUGAACGGCAUGCUCGCAGGCUUGCCCGUACAGGAGGCCAUCUUGGCCGCGGCGAGGAAGGCUCUCGACGCGAGUCUCGAGAUGCUCAAGGACCGGAUCGUCAAGAGCGGGGUGCCCUUCCCGCCGACCGACUUUGAAGAAUCGGCACAAGAGUCUGCCAAAGCACAAGCGCAGCAGCCACAGGAUACAGAAACAGAAGAUAUUGAUCCUGAAAUUGACGGACCUUCCAUGAUGGGUGACACAGCCGCCUACAUCAUGUCUGGGCCAUCGGCGUCAGGGCAGCACGAUCUCUUGACCAUGCCCGGCAUUACUGUGGACUUCCGAGGCAACGGCCAAGACGACGAUCAGUGGAUGGACUUUGGGCUAGGGCCGAUCGACUUUGACAGCACUUCAGAGUCGUGGAUUCUGUCUGGCGUGGGGAGCGAAGCACCGCCGUCUGCUGGGCUGUAA